UCGAGGCGUGCCGCGUCUUCUGGGAAGGGAAGGGUCUUGCCAAGGCUCCAGCCAGGAGGAGAGACCCCCGGAGCAAGCCUUAGCUCACUCACCAUGCAAGAGGAAGAGGAGGAGGAGGAGGACUUGGGGGACCCCGAGGGGCUGCAGCCCAGGGAUCCCCCCUUGCACGGCUCCCAGGUCCCUGACACGCGUCAGGGACGACAGAGGACAUGUGAACCCAAAGAAGUGACCUUUGAAGACGUGGCGGUCAGUUUCUCCGUCGAGGAGUGGUCCGCCUUGCAGGGCUGGCAGAAGGCGCUGCACAAAGAAGUGAUGCUGGAGAACUACUCUCUGCUAUUUUCUUUGGGCCAUUCCAUCCCGUCAGUGGAGUUUUCUGACUUAAUCUCCCAACUGGAAGGGACCAUUGAGGGCCAGAAACUUGUACGGGCUGUUGGAGAAGAGCAAUGCCAAGGUGGCCGCCUUCCUUUUCCCAAGGACGUGGAAGGACCCUGGGACCUACAGGCUGACCCUAAGAGUGACCGCUGCUUGACCCCGGCCAGCGAUGGAGAGGGGGAGUGCCAGAGCAGCCUCCACCUUUGCGCCCUCAUGAAGCUCGUCCAGGAGAUCCCCGAAUUCCUCUGCAAGCAAAACAAGGACCCCCAAAACCCCGUUUCGGCUUCCGACGGUGAAAGCAGCGAAGCCGAAGGAGCGUCCAUCGCUGUAAAUGGCCGCGAGGAAGCUGCGGAGCCAAAGGAGAGCCAAUGGGAGCCUUCGGUGACCCCGAGUCCAGUGUCCGGCCCCAUUGAGAAAGAAUUAUGCUCAGAACCCCAACCCCAAGACACCUGCGCCAAAGCAGAUACAACUUUGGAGAAGGAGGAGGAGGAAGAUAUAGAAUGCGGAGUACGGGAAAAGGGAUCUUCGGACGGAUUUGCAAGCGGAGGCAUCGAACCAAGCAGUUCAAAGGCUGGCGUCGAGGAAGAACAGUGCCAUAAAGGAAGGAAACCGGAAGAGAAGCCCCUCCGCGGCCUCCUGAAGUGCCUGAAGGAGCUCAUUGUCCAUCAUCCCCAACCAACGUCCCAAAGAGAGACCCUCGUCCAGAGGAGGGAAGUCGGGAGCGGAGGGUCCCCUCCCAUCCAAGUUAAAACAGAAGCCAUGGAAGAGGAGCAUCUUGCCCAUCAUCCACAACGGGAAGGAGCUAGUCUUCCCAUCCAUCCCAAUGGCAAAAUCUUCAUCUCCCAUAAAGAGGACAGUCUGCUUUCAAGAGUGAAAAUCAAGCAGGAGAUGGACAGCCCUUCUCUCCGAUACCCAAAUGGAUUCGGCACCCAUAAUAUCCCUAGAAUCGUCGACCAAGGAAAGAGAAGCAAAGAAAUGGGUUCCUUGGGCCUCAAAAUCAAGCAGGAACCUAAUGAGGAUGGAUUGGAGCAGCCCCCUUUUCCAGCCCAGAGGAGACCCCCAGGAGAAGAGGAAGAGGAAGGGCCGUAUCCGCACUCCAGGGUCUCGAGUAGCGGCAGCGCAGAAGCCAGCAUGGAUCCGGGCCUUUGGGUCCCAUAUUCGGAAGAGUGGAGCCCGGCCACCAGCCCUCUCCACGGCCUCCUGAAAUGCCUGAAGGGAAUCCCUGUCCCGCGGCCCCCCGUUUCCGGGAUGUUCUUGGGGAAAAGAGGGGCAGGAGAAGGGAAAGAGAGGAGGAAAGGAGGAAGAAGGGCAAGGCUGGAAUGCAGUGAAUGGGCAACCCCAGAGAAGACGCCCCAUUGCCCCUCAUCGCCAGCGGCAUCCAGCUGUGGGUCGGGCAACGCUUUGCAAGGCCUGAAGGAUCUCCCUCUUCACGCAAUACCAAGCCAGCCCUGUUCGCCGGCCCUCUGCUCCUCCAUCAGCAGCUCCCCAGACAGACUUCCCAGACAUGUCCCGGAGAAAGCGAAAGGACCUGGUCGAUGCAGCGCCCCUCUGCAAGAGAUGGAGAGAUGCCUGAGAGAGCUGCCCAUCGGUUCGCAAAGCCAGGCCUCGUCCCCAGCGGUCAGUUCCUCCUCCUUCGGCGGAUCCCCAGACGGACUCCAUUGCUGGACACCAGACGCUGGGAGGUGGCCGCGGAAGGAGGAAGGAAUGAGCCGCAACAGCACCCCUUUGCAAGACCUGGAGCGUUGUUUGAAAGACCUGGCUCCAAGCGGUCAACCCGGUUCGCCAGCCGUCAGUUCGUCCAUCCAUGGAUCCCCAGGUGGACCCCAAAGGUGGACACCAGAGCCUUGCAGGUGGAGCCAGAAGGAGGAAGGUCCCAGCCACAAAGGCACUCCUCUGCAGGGUUUGGAGAACUUCCUGAAGGAGCUUCCCGGGACGACGAGGAGCCCCUUCCUGCCGGCCAUGGGCUCCACCAUUGGAAGCUCAUCCAAUAGUCAUCCUAGGCAGAGCAGCAGGCAGUGCUCCGCAAAGGAGGAAGGCUCCAGUCCCGCUGGGAUCCUGCCUCUUCAAGGCUUAGAGAACUGCCUGAAGGAGAUUCCCGUCCGUGAAAAUAAAAUCCAAAAUCCCGUCACGGUGUCAUCCAGUGCCUCUGUCCAUAAGCCAAGGAGGACAGAACUGACUUCUCAGAAGCCAUUGAAAGAAGGUAAGAGAUGGGGCGGAGAGCAGGCGACAGCACCUCCGGCUCCGUUCCGGACAUCUCUCCCCUCCAUCGACUGA